UUUCCGCAAGCUCAGUAAGCGCUGCGAGCUCGCCGUGGCCGGGAGCGUCUCGUGGUUGUCACGCGUUGAUAGAUCAAGUAUAAUCCUCGCACCCCCCAAACUUACUCCAGCAAGACGAGAUAUUCACUAUUCUUCAAGUUUUAAAACUUCGUACGGGGGAAAGUUCUGCGAAGAAAAGUCGCGAGUUGGCGAAUCGUGAUAGUCUCGCCGACGUUUGUUUAUCGUGAACUUACUGUAAAUUAACUCGUGUCACAUCGAGAUACAUUUUGCAAGUCUUCGAAAAAUUUUACUUUUGCGGAGACGUGAAGGAGUUACUUCAUUAAAUUUCAGACGAGAAUCGUAACUUUUUAUUGGAUAAAGAAAAAAGGGAGACACAACUAAGUUGAAGCUUCGCAUCUAUUUCGUAUCGAACGGAUGCUUUGAUCAAAAGAUAAAAGUUCAACUAUAUUCGAUGAAUAGGAGGAGGUCUAGUUGCACUAAGGGGCACUUCAACUUACUUCGCUAAGUUACGUUGAGAGGAUCCCGGAUCGAGGAAGCUAGCCCGUGAGGAAUUGCGAGGUAGUUUUCGGCGAGCUGACGUCAUCUAGAACAAACAAGUAGACUGAAGACGCAGCGAGGAGAGUAUUAUAGCCCAAGGCUAAAGGAAAGAAAGCGAAGGCGAAGCAGUAGGGACGAACAGCAAAAGAGCAGUUGAAAAAGGGAUAGGUGAAGAAAGAAGAGUAAGAACGAGAGACAUCAGCGGAAGCAUCGAAGGCGAAGGACGAGAAAAAGGAAAAAAGCUCGGAAACUCGAGCCUCAGGGUUAUUACGGCAAGCAAGUUAGACAGGCGAGAUAGGAUUUCGAUCGAGGUAUUUCCGGGUGCUGUGGUGAUUAAGAGCCGAUUAAUGCGAUCGGCCCUAAUUAGUAAUCAGCUAGCUCGCAGUCAUAAUUCGCUUUGUCGUUCAACGCUUUUGCAUCGCGAAUAUCUGCUAACUGACACGUCAUCAUCGUCAUCGUCGUCGUCAUCGUUGUUGUCGUUGUCGGAAGGAAGGUGAAACCGACCCCAUCUCGAUGCUAACUCAAGAGAUUUUUGGUAUCAUCCGGCAAUGAUGACGGGUGCAGCAUUCCUGAGAAACGUCUUCGUGCUUGUUAUCGAUUGAUUGAUCAGACUGACUGAUCAGACGAGGAAAUUGGAUCCCACGUAUUACUAGGACGAGGACGAACGAUGUUUCAUAAAGCCACGUAAGGAUCGCGCGUGCCUGUUUCUCUUCGCUUUUCUUUCGUUGAGGGAGACGGAAAGAGAAGGAGCUAAGAUGUGCUCGAGAUCGUUCCUACUGUGCGUCCUCGGCAUCAUCGCUGUCAUCAACGAAUCCGAAGCCAGCUGGGAGGAAUGGUGGACCUACGAUGGUAUUUCUGGACCUUCGUUUUGGGGUUUGAUAAAUCCGCAGUGGUCUCUCUGCACCAAAGGAAGGCGGCAGAGUCCCAUCAACAUCGAGCCGGACAAGUUGCUUUUCGAUCGUCACUUGAGACCGGUGCACGUCGACAAACACAGGAUUUCCGGACACUUACAUAAUACUGGGCAAUUCCUGGUAUUCAGAGCAGACAGGGAGGCGAAGAUACGAGUCAAUAUAACGGGUGGCCCUCUCGCCUAUCACUAUCAGUUCGAAGAAAUAUAUAUUCAUUACGGAAUGGACGACGGUCAUGGUUCCGAGCAUCGUAUUAAUAACUAUGCUUUUCCCGCUGAAAUACAAGUCUAUGGCUUUAACGCCGAACUGUAUCACAAUAUGAGCGAGGCACAGCAUAAAAGUCAGGGACUGGUGGCGAUCUCGUUAAUGGUGCAGCUCGGUGAGACGUUAAAUCCCGAACUGCAGAUCAUCACCAGCGUGUUCAACAAGGUCAUAUAUCGAGGGGACACCGCACCUGUGCGCUACCUGUCUCUGAAAAGCCUUCUACCGGACACCACCGGUUACAUGACUUACGAGGGCAGUACAACGCAUCCCGGUUGUUGGGAAACGGCGGUCUGGUUGAUCCUCAACAAACCAAUCUACAUCACGGCGCGAGAGCUGUACGCCCUGAGGAAAUUAAUGCAAGGCCCCUCCAGUACGCCGAAAGCGCCUCUCGGUAACAAUUCCAGACCGCUGCAGGGUCUUCAUUAUAGAACCGUGCGAACAAAUAUCGAUUUUGCCAAGCGGGGAAACGCCAAGUGCCCGUCGAUGGCGCAGGACAUGCAUUAUAGAGAUGACUUUUUCCUUCCAGCCAACACGUGGCGGGACGACGGAUCCCUAUCGCACAACGUAGUCUGAGGCCAUCCCACGGCAGGACCACAAGAGAGGACUUUUCUUUAAAGGAAUGGAACGAAAUAAGUUCACAUGUGGUGCGAUAAAAAGAAGGAGAAGGAAGGAUGCUGAUGGAAAAAGCUAUAAUUUCUAACGGGAGAAUGAAGAAAUUGUGUCGUGGCUGUGUGAAAAAAAGAUAGAACGUAAAUUUUUGAAUAAGUAAGCCGACGUGAAAUGAGAAUACCGUAAUUCUCAAAAUGGACAAACAGUUAUAAUGUAACCCACUAUGUUAUGCAGAAGUUAUAUGUACAUAAUUAUCUGCAAAUUAUGUAAUUACAUAUAAUUUGUAGAUAAGUUUGCCACACACCAAUCGAAUUUUGUUUCAUUCUCCGGAGUAGCGAGGACAAAGUUGCGUGUUGCUACAGCACUAACGUAAUUCUCGUAACACGAGUGAUCAAAGGAGCUUUAAGUGUCUUGUUGGGAUACAGAUUUUCGUUUAAUGCAGUUUGUAAGUUUACGCAUUGAAGACUCUUAAUAAGUUAUCAAGGAUG